UUUGUGAAUAAUUUGUUAUUAUUGUUUGCCGCAGUCAACAAAAUGCGUGCCUUUGUGAUCCUUAUAUUGGGACUUGCUGCUGUGUCAGCUGCCCCCAGAAAUGACCACCGAAUUAUAGGCGGGUCAAUCACUGACAUUAGCUUAUACCCAGAGAUGGUCGCUGUGCUGUUCUCGGAGACUAACGUCAACCACAGGCAGUGGUGUGGCGGCAGCAUCCUCAACAACCGCGCCAUCCUCACCGCUGCUCACUGCACCGUAAACCGUGCCAAUCUGAACUUCCGCUUUCGUGUAGGAUCCACUUACGCACACAGCAAUGGUACUGUGCUCGAUACCCAGCAGAUUAUCAACCAUCCCAACUUUCAUGGUCUCACCGUUGAUAAUGAUAUUGCCAUUGUGCACACCACCACCACCAUCCCCAUCGGUACCACAAACGUGCAGCCGGGACGGUUCUCUGGUGCCAAUUACAACCUUGCUGACAACGAAGAAGUCUGGGCUACUGGAUGGGGUACGACUAGCAUGACUGGACCAGGUUCUGAGGAACUGCGUCAUGUCCAGAUAUGGACAAUCAACCAAGAAAUUUGUAUGCAGCGUUAUUCGGGUUUUUACGCUGUCAUCACCGCCAACCAAUUGUGCACCGGCUGGUUGGACGUAGGCUGGCGCGACCAGUGCUCGGGUGACUCCGGUGGCCCGGUGUACCACAACGGAGUGGUCGUCGGCAUCUGCUCUUGGGGAUUUGGCUGUGGUUGGCCACAGUUCCCUGGCGUCAACACUCGUGUGUCUCGAUACAUUGACUGGAUUUCGCAAAAUGCCUAAAAUGUUUAUCAUACUUACUCAACAACUUGCGUGACAGAUUUGUAACUAUUGAUUGUGUCCAAACGAGACAGUAGUAAAUCAAUAUUAUGAUGUGAACUUAUGUACUUAAUUAAUAAAACAAAUAUUUUUCGUGUUAAUUUUAUUUUAUUUUACAUUCACUUUUAAGGUUCAGCCAAACCAACGCGAUCACACGCGAUCAGCCGGCAUG